UAAAACGAGCCAGUUUCGGAAUGAGUGUGCCCUCCCUAGGUUCAGUCAGGUAGGGAAUGCCCUUCUUGAGGCCUCUGGAGCAGGUCACCUUUAGAAAGCCACACAAAGGAGAGGAAGCAGCUCCUUCUAGCAUGCGCUAUGUUGGCUGAGCAUGUGAUCCAGGCAGAGGUAGGUAGGUAUGCACAUUCAGCUCCGCUGCCACCGAAUAGACCCAGGAACAGGAAGACAUCCACGGACAUCAUAUCCCAGACUCUCCGUGGUUCUGGAGACUAUAGAAGCCCAAGGUCUUGAGAUCACAGGCUUGGUGACUUCUCUGAACAGUAGACAGCAGGAGCCAUCCAGCUAGAGCUCCCAGAGAAGAAAGGAUGGCAGCCGCUGUGUGGCCGGAAAAAGGCCGAUUGGUCGAGGGAUGUGCUCACAGGAAGGAGUAUGGGAGGACUCUGAGGGUGAGUCACCUCGAGAUGCCAAAACGGUGCCAGCCGAGCUUGGCACAGAUCCAGGGUACAUCAGCAUACAAUGAGGACUACCUGCCUGCCAGUCGCUGGCUGUGUCACAACGAUGGCUCCUGCUGUGUGGGGCACAAGAGCAACUCCAACGACCAGACGCUUCCUUCCAUCCGUGGAGCAGGGUGUGUCCUUGAACUGCUGGCCAGGUUCUACUGUUUGUAUCUGUCAUUUCCUUUAACGCUCCCUGCUGCUCCUGCCCAUGGCAGACCUGUGCCUAUAGCAGAGAGCUCUCUGGUCUGGGGACUGACAGGAGUAGAUGGCCCACGGGAGCCUGGACUACAGCAACUCCCUUACGGGUGGUCCACAGCUGAUGGGACAGACACUCAUCCUGCGUGGGUCUCCUCACCUUCAGCAUGGUCGCCAUCAAGAAACUCCCUGUGUUACCAACUGGAGCGCCACAGGGUCAAGAGCAGCUGUUGGCAUUCCACCCACCCACGCCGCAGCACCCAGUCGUUACAACCACCCAUGCCCUAGAGAUGGCCACACGACCCUGAGCCUCAGAACCCUGCUGAUGAGUCCAGUGAAUCCCGGUGUUCUCAGGCGGGAGGCCGCUCUCCUCUCCUCACACAUCUCUCCACCCUCCCCAUGUCACGGUAGGAAGGACUUGGACUUCAAAGUCACGUGGGUCAUUCUCAUGGGUUCUUCUCCGUAGCCCUCAGGAAACCCGAUGUGGAACUCGUGAGGGAUGACGAGGACUCUGACAAACCAGGCCUGCCCUCAAGUCCUGAGGGGACACAGUCACUUCUUUUCUGGCCACAGACCUGGAGCUUCCUGGAGGCCUGCUUUACCGGAAAAGCACUGGCCUCUCCAGGAGGUGACCCUGGGAGGGCCGGACAGGACUUACCCUUGGGUCCCUGUCGUCUCUAAAUAGAGGAACUUAGGGACACCGCAGAGACACAUAAACUGGAUGUGGUGCUUGUCACUUGGAGUGGUCUCUCUGACUGAAGAAGUGAGCACACCUCUUUAUGACAGUGCUAAAAAAUCAGUGUUUGCAGAGGUUGCUAAAGAAACCCAAGGAGUGUCGAAUCUGAAAUAGCCCGUCUAGACGCACUCCCACUGUCUGACCUUUGAUGCAUUUCUUAAUCCACCGACCUCGCCAGCAAAUUGGUGAGUAAGCAGCGACUCACUUUACACGCUGUCAUGAGGC